AUGGAAAAUACAAACGUGGUUGUGUUUACUGUCCUCUUGUCAGUGUGCUACAUGGUAAACACAGAGCCGCCGUGUGCAAGAGGAGAAAAAGGGCACACAUCACAAUAUGGGUUAGUAGAUUGUCUGAUGUGCGAAAGGGGAACCUAUAUGCCAGAAAAUGAACAUACUUAUCAGAGAUGCUUCAACUGUACUCGUAUAGAAAACCCAGACGUAGAGGUCCUCGUUGUAGCAUGUAACAGGUUUCAUGACGCUGUGAUACUCUGCACAAAUGGACAUUACAGGUAUACAGCCCAGGCACCCGAUGAGAGGGAUAGAUGUGAAAAGUGUUCACAGUGCCCGAUUCCGGAACAUGAACGAGGGUGUCAAGGGUACAGUAAUACUGUUUGUUGUAAUCCAGUUGAAGGAACAGGUACAGCCCGAGAUGGUGAGGUAUUAUGCAAGAAGGAGUCAGUUGUGUGUGGACCUGGACAGUUCUUGAGGACAUCCACUGAUGAGUGUUCUCCUUGUCCAGCCGAAACGUUCAUGUCUGACCACAACCACGUCAACAAAAAGUGUUUACAGUGUGAACAACUAUCUGAGAAUACCGCCACGCACGGGAUCAUCAUUAGACCCUGCACUAGAACUGCCCCCACUUUGUUUGGCUGUGAGGAUGGCUACUUCAGGGACCCCACACAAGAAUCUUCGCAGAAGGAAGUUUCGUGUACACCGUGUCGGAGCUGCGACAAGAGUCUAUUAGACUGUGGCAUGUUUCACGACGUUGUUUGUGUUGACCAGGAUCCAGUGACCUCUGCUGCUCCAUCAGACCUCACACAGUCAAUAGGCAAUGGUCAAGAGUCAAAACACUGUGCAAAUGACACCUUGACGAAUGUUCCAGAAUGCGAUAGAGUGAGUCAGGUCAACACAUUGUUAGUCAGUGGAACACUGCUCUUUUUCAUACUUUCCUUGAUGUCAUCUUUCAAGCUGGCUUUGGGCAGGGCUGAAACCAGCUUUCACUGGAGACAACUAUCUGGAGAUGCAUGCAAACUAUGGCUUCAGAAUUACCUGUCUAUGUUCAUAGCUUUAGUGUCGUACGUUGUUCUCAGCGCCCUGCUUUGUUAUGGUGUUUUCUGUGCAUUUGCUCAAGAUUAUAUUUAUGCAUGUGUAGCAGGAGUCUCAGUGAUCACUGCAAUUUGUUUCUAUUUGUAUUUGUUUUGUCCUAAUUUUAUAAAAGUCUGUCUGAAGACAUGUUGGGAUAAAGUCUGUUCAGCAAUACAGCGGAGACAGAUAGGGAUCAGUGAUCGAUGGUUUUAUACAAAAACCUCAGUAGAUAACACACAGAACUGA